UUAGAAACUAGACCAGUGUGACUAAAAUAGUAAUUUCCCUGUUAAUUAUUUAAAAUAUUCUCUAUUCUGAAGUAAGCAGUUCCUUGAAUAUUUCACAUGGUUAGUUAACAGUUGUGGGAACGUGGCGCCGUGUUUACCGUCUGACUGUUUCGUAUUUAUACCAAAACACAGAGAAAGACGGAGGACAGAAACAACAGACAGUCGUUUAUAAACCAGAAUAAAACUGCUCCCUGUUGGAUUUCAGGACAUUCCAGCUCUUAAAACGGAGCAGCUGCACCAUGUCCAGAUAUGUGGUGAGUGUGCAGCCACAGAACCGGGUCAAAGAGGCCGGAGCCUGGAGCACCGGACUGUGUGAGUGCUACAAAGACAUCGGAGACUGCUGCUUGGCCUGCUGUUGCCUCCCGCUGUUUACCUGUAAGGUAACGAACGCGGUCGGCGCCUGGCCCUGCCUGCCUCUGCUGGACUGCAUCAGCUGCGUUCCUCCGGCCUCUCUGGCCAUGAGGGCUUCGGUCAGGGAACGCUACGGCAUAAAGGGAAGCGUGUGGAGCGACUGCCUGUACGGAUGCUGCUGCUACACGCUAUCUUGGCUUCAGAUCUCCAGGGAGCUGAAAAGAAGAGCAGCAUCCCACGCCGCCUCCUCUCCUCCGGCCUCCUCCACAGUCAGAUACACUGCUCUGACCUCCCUGCAGGGGGCGCACUUGGUCUAGACGCCUCGGGGAAACUUUCUUUCCCUGAUGGCAGGAAGUCAGGAUUUAAUCACACUUCAUUUGGCCUGCAGGGACAUAACAGACAAAAGUCCAGUUUGUUCAAACUAUUUAAACUUUAUUUAAAGUCUUUCUGUUUUUUCUAUACUGUUUGGAUUCUUUAUAGCAAAAAAAAAUGUUUUCUUUGGUCAAAGUGUCUCUAAUAAAUAUUACUUGUGAAUAUGUUGCGUAAGUAGUCUACAAAUAAAUAUGUAGAACUAUUUUUGUUUUUAAAAUUGUUCACUUUGUUGCUUGAAAUACCGAAUCAGUUAUUUGUGUUAAAUUUAUUCUUUAGGAAAUUGUUCUGCGCUGAAAACUCACAGAAACUGUUUUUAUUUCAGGAAUAUGCUUCAAAUCUUUGUUUGC